AUAACAUCUUUAUUCUUUCAUUUCCAAAAUGAAAAAUGCGCUACAUAUAUAAUUUCAAGCAAACUUGAUAGAGGUGACUCGGGGGUUGAAGCAGCCCAAAAGCCCAGACGUGCAGACUCAGUUCUCUCGUCCGCCCGCCCGCACGCACGCACGCCACUCCGUAGUCGGUUGUCAGGGCGCCGUCGCUUCCCAUCACUGCCCAACUUACUGGGAUUUUCCCAAAAUAAUAUGAGUCCUUCAGUGGCUCCUAGAUCUCCAUCAGGGGGUCAUUCAUCCAGGCGUCCGGUCUCCCCAAGGAGGGAUCAUGGUGAACCUGGUAGAAGAGGAAGAUCUCCUGAUGUAAGCUCUCCUCUUAAUAAGAGCCCAUCUCGUAGAGAAAGAUCCCAAGCUCGUCAUAAAAGUUCUCACAGGGAUAGGGGUGGUUCUCCAACGAGGGAUAGGCAUUCCAGCCGAGUUAGGUCACCUAAACGAGAGAAAUCGAGCUCUCCUGUGUCAAGGUCUCCAUCACCAAGAACUAAACGCUUGAGAAGGGCUCAAGCGUCAGAGGGAGAACGUGAGAGAAAUUAUGGAAAGGGAAAAGAUAAGUCACCCAAACAAGAGAAAUCAAGCUCUCCCAUGUCAAGGUCUCCAUCACCAAGAACCAAACGCUUGAGAAGAGCUCAAGCUUCAGAGAGGGAACAUGAGAGGAAUUAUGGAAAGGGAAGAGAUAAGUCUAAGCAUGAGAGGAGUCAUAAGGAAAGGGAUUUCGAGAAGGAAGCUCCUAGGAACAGAAGAGAGCGGACCGAAAGAGAAAGAGAUAGUGAAAAAGGCAGAGUUAGAGAUGGCACAGAUGGUGGAUCUUCGAGAUCAAGACACCGGCAGUCUGAGUCACCAUCAGAUCAUCAUCGCCACCACAGGCGGCACCAUUCACGAUCACCUCCCCCUGCUUCUCGCUCCAGAGCACGUGAUGAGGAUGAAGAAUCUAGAGGAGCUGAACAGCGAGAUGACGCUAGUGAUGCACUAGCAAAAAUGGAAGCUGCUGAGCAGGCAUUGACAACAAAGGAGAAGGCAAAACCUUCAUUUGAGCUAUCAGGAAAGCUUGCUGAAGAAACAAAUCGAGUAAGAGGUGUCACUCUGCUUUUCACUGAGCCUCCUGAUGCUCGGAAACCUACUGUAAGAUGGCGCUUGUAUGUUUUCAAGGGCGGUGAAGUGCUAGAUGAGCCACUUUACGUGCAUCGUCAGAGUUGUUACCUUUUUGGAAGAGAGAGGAGGGUAGCUGAUAUCCCUACAGAUCAUCCCUCUUGUAGCAAACAACAUGCAGUCCUUCAAUUCCGGCAAGUUGAAAAAGAGCAACCUGAUGGCAUGAUGUCGAAGCAAGUAAGGCCAUACAUGAUGGACCUGGGAAGCACAAAUAAGACCUUCGUGAAUGACAUUGCUAUUGAACCUCAACGUUAUUAUGAGCUCUUUGAGAAGGAUACCAUAAAAUUUGGCAAUAGCAGUCGAGAAUAUGUGCUGCUACAUGAAAACUCCAACAACUAAUCUGCUUCAGCUCCUAGAAGGCUGUCAAUGACGUGAAUCUAUGUAUGAAGAUUGGAUUUUUCUGGGAUGUCUUCCUGCAAAAUAUAUAUCGCGUCUAAGGUUUGGCUCGUCUUUCUAUGUAAGGGCUUAUUAUCAUGAGAGAGCCUUCAUUCGCGGAGUUAGAUUAUGUUGUCUUGCUUCUACUGUCUCCUGUAGCUAUUGGACGAGUUAAUCCCCGUAAAUAGUUUAUGGAGUGUUUUUGGCCUGUUAUUUUGGUACUUCCAUACUCAGAAUUUGUUGUAUUGCCAUGAGAGAUAAUUCUUAUGCAAUUAUGAUGUAAUAGAAAUCGCUAUUACGCCAUUUGAUGCC